AAUAAGUAUGUGUACCCGGUGGAGUUUACGCUCUCGAAAAGUCCCAUAGAGGAGUACUUGCGUAGGGAGCGCUCGGCGCACGCGGGGGGGUGCGGCCCAGUGGAGGUGGACGGUAACGUGGACAGCACCGUGGAUAGAGUGCCGCUUAACCAGGACAGCACCGUGGAGAGAGUGCCGCUUAACCAGGAAAGCACCCUGGGCGAGCCGCACGAAACGUACCUGCAGCAUUUAAAGUUGCUUCAAAACGAAAUUUUAAGCAGCAUAAAGAAGAGGGAUACAUGCUGCUGCUCGAACAGGUGGAAAAACACAUCAGUGGGCACGCAUCCGUUUAGUAACAAAGGAGAAAAUUAUCCGAAUAGGGAAAAAUUGCACCACUUUGAUAACGAAAUGGAGUAUGAACAUUUGCAAAAUAAUAUAUUAACAGGUCAGGUGAAUUUUCAGAAAUGGUCAGACAAAAAUAAAUCACACAAUGAUGACAAUUUUUUUCAUUUUCUCAUUCCCUUUUUGAAGAAGAAAGAAAUUAGCAAACUGAAAAUAAAAAAAGGAUACAAAAUUGACAUUCUUUUGAAUCUGUCCUAUAUGAACAAUGACUACAAUGACAAAUUGAAUUUUAUCCAAUUGCAGACGGAGGUACUUGACACGAAUGGGGAUGUCCUUUUUCGAAAGGAAAAGCUACACAUAAACAAUAAAAAUUAUAACUUUAUAAAUAAACUGCAUUUAUUUUUUAACACUCCUUUUUAUUUCUUCAACCUUUUUAAUCGGAGAAUGACGGAGAUAUGCCUAGUGGAUGGAUACCAAUAUGGUCCCAACUUUGGGAAAAUCAACAUUUAUCUCUACCCACCCAUGCAGAUUUAUGAGGCCUAUGUAGUGGUGCUUGUGUACGUCAAUUUUGUUUACUACUACAUGUAUAAUUAUCCCUUUCUCUUUUUUUACGUGUUUGUUUUUGUGUUGAGCGCCUUACUCAUUUUGAUCAACACGGUCCUCUUUGUUUUGGGUGCGUUCUGCUACUACAUGCUCGCCUGA